CUGCCUGCCCGCGGGCGCUAUGCGGCCAGGCAGUUGAAGGCGACCGAGACGCGCGGGCCAAGGCUUUCGCCCCCAAGGGUGGCGGGGCCGUCGAGGGCGCCGGCCAGGCACACUCGGGAACACCACCAGCGUCCCCGGCACGGGGUCCACAGCCAGCAGCCCCAGGGGGCCCCCGCCCGGCCCGGCGCCGCCGCCGCCCUCGCUGGCGCCCUCGCCGGCAGGCUCCGGCCCCCCCGGCGGCUGGCAUUGCAGGCGCUCGAAGUGGUGGCCUCCCACCGAGCUCGGGGCCCCCGUCAGGAAGACCAGCCGCCCAAGCAGGCCCCCGCGGCGGCAGCACCCGCCGUCGCGGGCGAAGUACGUCCCGGACAGCGCGGCGCCGGGGUGGCUGUGGAAGUGGUUCCUGGUCCCCCGGGUGCGAGACGUUCAGCCAGGCGUCCAGCUCAGCCCUCAAGGCGCCGACCUCGCGGCCCAGCGUCAACGACUCAGCGCUCGUGACCUUGCCGAUGGCGGCCGCCAGCAGCGCCGGCAGCUGCCCCGCCCGCACCGCGUCCCAGCUGCACAGGUCAGAGCUCUUUCCUUCUUCGGGCUGUGGAACCCGCCCAUGUUCGACUUCUGCUCGCCCUCGCUCGGCCGACUGCCCUGGGCCAGGGCGUCCAGGGACGCCCCGAGCUCGCCAGCGACCGAGGGGUCGAGCACCAUGCUCGGAGGAGGGCCGGCCGAGACGGCGGCGGCCCUCGGGACGAGGGCAGGACGAGGACCAGCUCGAGGACACGGUCCCAGACGUGCUGUCGGAGGUCCCAGACGUAUGCAGUUGUGGAUGCCGCCGUUGUCGCCUUCUGAUGGCUGGGAGAAAUAAAGGCGGGACAUGUUAGCCCGGUGUUGGCCUUUGGGGGCCCCCGCCAAGCCCCAAGACCGUCGAAGAACGACUUUCGAUGAAGUGCCGGCCCUGGGGAAAGGGUCGGGACUUCCGGGGGCCCCGUCUCCAAAAAAUCACGACAUGAGAUGUCUGGGGUCAUCGUGCUACGGAGUCCCCCCAGCCCAGACUUCCGGCACGCGCCGACAACGGGCGCUCCUCCGGAGCCCUCGGCGGCGGAAUUAGCUGUGAGCCCGGAGUCUCUGAGAGCGGGCUGGCCCAGAGGCUGCGUCGGGUGCCGCGGGCGCUGCAGAAAGCGCUCCAGAACACCAGGGAGCGACGCAUUACGUACCAGCCUUGGCCUGAGUUCUCUCUGGGGGACCCAAAAGGGGGUCCAGCUGAAAGGGGGUGGUGCAAUAGAUUUG